AUAGCCCCGCCCCCAAGGGAACAGCGUGGCUACUUAAACAGCACUCUGACUGUCCGGCUCUUUCUGAUAUCAACAUUCAAUGAAGACGAUGGACACCACAGAGACUGUCGCAGACGAGCUGAACCGUGGAUGUUACGCCGAAAAUGCCUUGAAGUACUUUUUCGACAAGCCGGAUUCUUAUGAACAAGCGCUCACUGAUUCUGAAGACGAUCUGAGCGACGAUGAAAGCGACAUGAUACGACUAUAUAAUAUCCCUAAUCUACAACUGAGCGAAGAUGAUGAAGACCAAGACGAGGAAGAAUGUGUCGGGCUGGCGUCAGAUGAGUUGGACCGUAAGAUAUCAGAGGCUAUAUCGGUAGUAACAUUUGAAGGGGAUGAAGACAGAGAAAUGCAGAAAAUCCGCAACUUUGACUGUAAAUGCUACACGAGGAGAAAAGAGAACCCGCAUGGGAGACAGUCAUGUAGCCAGAAGCUUUCUCCAGACAUUAUGUACAACAUACGGAUGGAUUCUUUAGCUGCGGAAAAAGAGUGGCAGGACAUGCGAAUUAUUGGACAUUUAGAGGCAAACAGACGCACAGUGCUAACUUCGGAAAUGAUUACAUCCAAAAAGAAGGCACCGACAAAGAGAAAGUGUGCCCGAACGACUUAUUUCAUUGGAGGAAUCGAGAUCUGCAAGAAUACUUUUGUGUUUCUUAUGGGCAUUGGGAGAGACACGCUGGCUGAUAUAGUCAAACACUAUGAGGAGAACGGGGCAAGACCACGUUUGAGGAAGAAGCAUUCAAUGCCACGUCCACCAGUCAGGUUCAUCAAAUCUGAGGACAUCAACAGAGUUGUGGACUUCAUAAAAAACUUUGCAGAAGACAAUGCUAUCUUGCUGCCUGGCCAACAGCCUGGGCAUAAGUAUUGCCAUGUGAAGUUGCUGCCAACUCAUGUGUCCAAGGCUUCAGUGUGGCGUCUCUAUGUGAAGUCUGCUAAGGAACUUGGUGAGCGUGCUGUUUGUAAAACCAGCUUCAAAGCACUGUGGAACCGACUUCUCCCACACAUCAAAAGUUCCCGGCCGCGCACAGAUCUUUGCUGGCAGUGCCAAAGCAAUACCGAGCAGCUGAUACGAAGUGCAAACCUCCCAGAUGAUAGAAAGUCUGAAGCAGUAAAGAAGCAACAAGAUCAUCUUUCCCUUGUACAGAAAGAGAGGGACCAAUACAACGACUUGAAUGCUGCAUGCAGAAAAAUUUGCUCUGGCUCUAACCUGUCUUUUGGACCGUCCCUACCAGCUAGCAAGAAGAUUAGGAUGCAUUACAGUUUUGAUUUUGCUCAGCAGUUACACUUUCCCUCAAACCCUCUCCAGCCAGGACCAAUGUACUUCCUGACCCCACGGAAAUGUGGCCUAUUUGGUGUUUCCUGUGAAGGGCUGCAGAAACAGGUGAAUUACCUGAUUGAUGAAGGCAUGUCAUCUACUAAGGGAAGCAAUGAAGUCAUCAGCUACAUGCAUCAUUUUUUUGGCAACUUUGGAGUUGGCGAAACAGAGGUGGAUCUUCAUUGUGACGACUGCAGUGGGCAGAACAAGAACAACUUCAUGCUCUGGUACCUUGCCUGGCGGGCUGGACACAAGCUUCACGAUAAAAUUGACAUCCACUUCCUUAUUGCUGGUCACACCAAGUUUUCUCCUGACUGUGGCUUUGGACUCAUCAAGCAAGCCUACAAGAAGACAACGGUCAACACUUUGGCAGACAUCGCUGAGGUUGUGGAAAACAGCUCUCCUGUAAGUCACCUCAAUAUCCCACAGCUUGUUGGAACGGCAGAGGGCAAAGUUUUAGUCCAAACAUUCGACUGGCAGCACCAUCUGUCUCGCCACUUCCGUAGACUCCCACAGAUCAAGAGUUAUCAUCACUUCAGCUUUGACGCCAAGAGACCAGGUGUGGUGCUUGCAAAAACUGAUUGUGAUGCACAACCUGUUGAAUUUCAGCUACUGCGCGACGGAGAAGAUCUGCCCCCUAUUGACGGUCUUCUUGUCCUGUCCCCACCUGGACUGAACAUUGAAAGGCAGACAUAUCUCUAUGAAAAAAUCAGGCCGUUCUGUGCUAAAGAGGCAAGACACAUCACAUGCCCAGCGCCAAGGGUCACAGCACAGAAGAGGAAGCGGAUGUGAUAUUGCACAAUGUCCUUUUUGUCUUUUAUUUUGUUUACAAAAAAGAACUUUACAUUUUUAGGAAACUUUAUUUUUUACAUUAAAACAAAUUACUUUUUUAUAAGAGUUUUUAUUUCAAGCAUUGUAUGCUUGUUUGAAAUAUUUCAUUAAAAAACCUUAAUAGCUAUCUCUGUG